AUGGUUUUAACUCGUUCCCAGUCGAGGCAGGCGGGUGGAUCUCCUUUUUGCUCGCACCAUGCCAACAGCGACAAUGCGGCGGGUGCUGUGGGCGACGCCGAGCAGGAUCCUCCCCAGGAGCGUUUGGGACGCGGCUGCCGCGUUUCUCGAGAACCUCCCGCGUCGUAUGAUUCAAUGUACGUCAGGAAGGUCCUACUGCCACCUGGGAGAAGACAUGGGGAGGGAGAGGAGGAAAUACACAUCAACUCCCGCUAUCCGCAGCGCGAUGCAGCAAAACGGGCGGUUCUCAGGAUGAGUUCAACGUUGCAUUCACUGGGUAUGAAUUUUGUGCGAGUUUCUGGAUCCCAGAAGGGCGACGACGAUGAAGAUGAUGAGGAUGAUGAUAGCAGUGCAAACAACGGUAGUGAGGGUUGCGCAGCAUCCUCGCAGCCACGCGAGAAGAAAAGUAGUGGCAGUCGGUUGAGACAACUGCUACGAAAGCGCGGUCGCGAGCCCUCGAUUGACUCUUCUAUCACGGAGGUGUCCCUGCGGGAGGAGCCUCAGAAGCGGGGAAAUGAUGAAGAGGAGGCGCUGCUUGUGGAGGACUCAUCCUCCUUUUCCUCACUUACAGGGAAAAUGAGUGAGAGGGAGAAUCGCCGUGUGUGCAGGAACGCCAGAGAGAGUACACUACGACAUAUUCCAAUAAACCACUACCUCGACGAAGUAAUAGAAGCUGUGGACAAGAACGCCAAGAAGGAAGAAAAGUUCAGGGGUAAAAGUCCCCGCCGCCGCAUGGAGGAUAUGUUUCUAGGCCUUGAUACAUCGAAUACUGACCCAAUAGGUGCAGAGAAAACGGGCGACAACCAGUUGAUGACUGAGACUCCUGCCCCACUCGGGGAUAUCACCCCGCUGCAUAUUGACACGUCAGUUUCUUUUGAAAAGGUGGGAGGGUUGCCUGGUCAUAUCGUGUUGCUGCGUGAAAUGGUGCUUUUUCCCCUCCUUUACCCACAGUUGCUGCAGACGAUGAACUUAACCCCGCCGCGUGGGGUGCUCUUCAUUGGUCCUCCAGGAACAGGCAAAACUCUCAUGGCUCGAGCCUUGGCAAAUGAGGCUGCAACCUGUGCACAGCGCAAGAUCUCCUUUUUUAUGCGCAAAGGUGCGGAUAUUCUUUCCAAGUGGGUUGGAGAGAGUGAGCGGCAGCUUAGUCUGUUAUUUGAGGAGGCAAGGCGCCGACAACCGAGUAUUAUCUUUUUUGAUGAAAUUGAUGGACUGGUGCCAGUGCGCCAUUCCAAGGCAGAGCAGUCACAGGCAGCCCUCGUCGCCACCCUUCUUGCCCUCAUUGACGGAUUGGACGACAGGGGUCAGGUUAUUGUGAUCGGCGCCACAAAUCGUCCUGACACCAUUGAUCCUGCACUGCGUCGGCCAGGGCGACUCGAUCGAGAGCUAUACUUCCCUCUUCCCGAUGCUGCCGCACGUCGGCAUAUUCUUUCCAUCGUGACGAAGCCGAUACUACCCUUGGACCAUCCCGAGCGGAGUGCGAUCCUGGAGGAACUUACCACGCGCUGCGAAGGGUGGUCGGGUGCGGAGAUUCACGCCCUCUGCACAGAAGCGGGGCUGAACCGACUGCGAACAAGCCUGCCUCAGCUGUACGUUACCAGCCGUAAGUUACAGAUUCCCAAGAGGGCCCUUAACAUACAAAAGGAAGAUUUUUUUGUGGCUGUUCAUCGCUUCAAAACCUCUGUACGUCGUGGGGUUGUUUCUUUUGCAAAGGGUCUUGAGGAGCAUCUUGAGCAUUUGCUCCACAGUGCCCGAGUGGAAUUGGUGUCGCAUGUGGCAUCCCUGUGGCCAAGUGCAGCGGCAGCACUUGCACAUGAGCGAAGGGAUUGCAGUGACGCGAGCGAUGCGGUACGAGAGCUGAGUGGUUUCUCUAUUCCCCAUACAGCACAACCAAUACUGCUUUUUUUGACUCCCUCCCCCGAGAAGAGUUUGUGCGGUACAGAGCGGUGUGAAUUUGCCUUGGAGAAGGCGGCAUUGGCUCUUAUCAAGGCACUACCAUCAAUCCGCGUCUUUACCAUACAUCUUCCUAACCUUGUGGUGGACCGCGGAAGUGCCGCUACGAUGAUGGCGGCAGUUGUGAGUUUCGCUACGGCCGAGGGAGGUGCGUCCAAUGCUGAGGGGAUCAGUCUGCCACUGAAUGACAGCUUCAACUCUGGACACAUUUACUCCUUUGUCCUGGCCAUUCAGCGCUGCUCUGGUCCAUCACUGGUUCUUCUACAAGGGUUAGAUGUAUGGCUGGCAGAGUAUGGCUGCCCUACCACUGCUAGCGAGUGUAAUGGCGGUGAUGAAAGUGAUGAGCAGAUAAGUCAGCAUAGAAAAAAUAUGGCGUCGUUGUGCUACUAUCUUUCCCUGCUUCGUGACUCGGAUGUGUUCAUCAUCGCGCCUACGCUCCACACGGACAUCUGCGCUCGCUUUUUUGGUGAAACGCAGCUAUGCGCUCAAAUACGCAAAAAAGUUUGCAUCAUCCCAUGCACACCCUCCGACGAUGAUUUGCGUCGUUUUCUACGGUACCUGUUUCAUGUGACGGAGUUAGCCUUAACGCACUCUACGCCCACCGCAUGGGAGGAGUUACUCGACGACAUUUCGCCUCCGCCUCCGCCCUCCAUUGAAGAAGUGCGUGCGGCUCGUCAUGGCACGCUUGAGUUGUGGCGGCGUGUGGAACACCGUCGGCGGCAGUUGCGUUAUGUGUUGGCAAAGUGGCUGAGUCAGUAUCUUAAUUCUCGCAAGUUUUCGCUUUUUUGUAGUGCCGACCUCGACCUCACGCCGGGCCACGACCUCUAUGAGGAGUGGCGGCAACACACGCACGGGCGCCGCAUCGGUUUGUGUGACGUGAUGGAGAAGCUUGAGAACGAAGAGUACACCAGCCUCUCGCAGUACCACGACGACAUUGACAUGCUUGUGCGGAAUGUGCGCACCUUCUUUAGGACGCGCUCUUCCGCGGACCAGCGGUACAGGAGUCGUGCCCUUGAGUUGAAGGAGACAACCGUGCUGAACCUGUACAAGAUCAACCGCAACGUUGUGCAGUUCUGUGAGAAGCACAAGGACCUGGCGGAGCCUUACUUGUCGCUGUCGUCUUGUUCUUCACAAGACGGUGUGAAGCUGAAGCGUGAGUCACAGAUGGAAACCCAAGCUGCGCAGAAGCCUGUGAUGAAACGUAGGCGCACGCCGCAUCACUACUACGGUGUGCGCCGGCGGCGGCGGCGGCGCCUCAUGCCGCGGGUAGCUCCCAAAGACCACGAAGACGCGGCCUUGAAGAAGGUGGAGGAGGAAGCAGCGGACGACGAGGACGAGGACGAGGAAGUGAAGACAGUAGCACGGGAGGGGGCGAGUAGCGGCAAUGGGGGCGCGGUGAAGACGGAGCCAGCUGCCACUGAGGUUCCUGCUGGAGAAGAAACGGGUGUGGACGAUCACAUCCUCAUUGUUGAAAAUAACAACAACACCGCCGCGUCGCCUUGUGCCACAGAGGGCGCGGCAUCAGAAAUUGACACCGCUUUGCAACUAUUACGAGGUUUUUCUUUUCUUGCGUUGCAUGGUGUCUUUCAGGCUGCGAUGUCGCUUUUGGAGGGGGAGAUCAGUCGACGACGCAGUCAGCAACAGGGUGCCUUGGCUAAGUCCUUGGCAGAGACGAAUAAAGAUGAAAACACCCUUUUUUUCUUCCGGAUGGUGGGAGAGGCAGUGCGAGCGGCCGCGAAGGAGGGAGGCGCAAGCGACUACUAA